AUGACAAUUCUAUCCAUGCGGGAGCUUCUCCAGUUCCCCCCUGGCGAUAACGAGACUGACACGCUGAUAAACGGUGUUCACUUCAAUACCACAACCCUGAACUAUUUUAACUAUACCCUAUAUUCGAACGGGACGCUUUCGAACGGCUCUAAAUGCUGGUUGACGUUCGAUAUCUACAAACCACUUCUCCUAUCGAACGGAACAUUUAUAAACGGUACAUCAUGCUAUGUCCCGAUCAAAGGCCUGAAGGCUCGAGGGAGCGUCGGAAUUGCAUUUGCAGCUCUCUUUGCGGCCACAUUGUUCCUUUCGGUUAUCAGCCUCCGAAAACAUGGCGAACGCUUUUUGCCGCUUGAAAAGCGGUGGACAGUUGUUGGGAGGCGAGCACAGUGGUAUUGGAUGAUAUUUCUUACGGUCUGCGGAGUGGUUAGCUGUUUCAUGAGCAUUGACGUGGAUCGUGACUAUUUACCCCAGACCGCCAUCAUUUUGCAGAGCUUCUUCUACUAUCUAAUGAUACCCGUGAUGCUUGCCAUGGUAUGGGAGGGCGUUCGGCACUGUUCCGCAUUUCCCGCAGAAUCAACUAGAGAGCGACAAGAGCUCUUCCUGCCACUGCUAUUUUACCUUUUUGCAUUUCUGUCUUUCUUCCUAUACGUCCCGAGAUCGUGGUCGGCGAUAGAGAAACAACGGACUUUUGAGCAGCAAGAAGCUAUAGCUAAACAAGCUGCCACUGAUACCCGCUUCAAAGCCGGAAAUAUCAUUGCAGGCUUUUGCAUCUGCAUAAUAUGUUACAGCCUGGGACAUAGCUUAUUCAGAUAUAAGUGGCAGGCUCAGGGACAAUCUUCGCUUAUAUCCAUAGUCAUGACUAUCCCAGCCAAGUUCAUUAUUGUUAUUACCCUUGCGGGAAUUUCUGUUGCAUUCAACAUUGCAUCUUCCUUUAUCUGGCAAAUAUCCCCUCUGAAGUAUGACGGCAAUCCGGGGUAUCUAUAUGGCUUAGGAUACGGGCCACCUCUUGUGAUAGUCACGAUUCUCAAUAUUUUCGCCUACCUUGAAUCUAACGAGGAUAGAGAGUUGAUAAGACAGAGAAUUCAGCGUGGACGUGCCAACGACACUGAGCUUGGCAUCGAAGCUGGUAGAAGGAAGCCUGCAUGGUGGAGGCGGCUGAGGCCAGACUUCAAAGGCGACGUUGGAAACACUUAUGAGGCAAGGCUACGCGCUCUCACUACAGAGGUUGGCGGUGGUAGGCCGACCCAACGAAAUAUAGAACAAAGGGUGGAGAUGGGCGUUAUUGAUACCAGCCGUUAUAGGGAUUCCGUCGAUUCCCAAGCGCAAAGCAACGCAGACCCAUUCACAGAUGACCAUCGCCACCAUCCAAAUCCCCAGUCUACUGGUAGUGAACCUACAGAAGCACCUGUCGAACCUGGACCCAGAACAGGUCGGCUUCAUAGCAGUACGGCAAGUCAGUUUUCUCAGUCCUCCGGCGAAACACUCGUCUCGCAAGCCAGAAAUCAACCGCGUGUCAGAAGCAUGCUUGAUGUCUAG